CUCCUCCUCUCUCUACCUAUACGUGUAACUCUCUCUCUCUGUAGCUCCUUGAUUCCUCUCUUUCGGACUCUAGAAUUUGUGUUAGUGUACGUGUGUGAAGGGAGAGAAACCGAGUAUAAUGGCUUACUUGAACGCCGUCGUUUUGGGUUUGAUGUUCGCUUUGGUGGUUGGAUCUGCUUUGGCUCAGGCUCCAGCAGGCGCACCGAAAGUUUCUCCGUUGGCCGCUCCGAUUGCAUCCCCGCCGAAGUCGGCUGUUACGCCAUCUCCAGUACCUUCUCCCGCCGUAAAGCCACCAGUCUUCCCUCCGACCACAGAACCACCGACAAAGACUCCCAUGACAUCUCCGCCUGCUCCACCAACUGCUCCUGCUCCGGCUUCGUCUCCAUCCAUCGGAGCCGUUCCUGCCGGUGCUCCGACUUCGACGACUCCUGGUAACGUUGCAGCUUUGAACAGAGUUGCCUUCGCUGGAUCUACCGGUCUAGUGCUCUUCGCUACCGCUUUGUUGCUGUAGAUCUGAUCUUGCUUUGCUUUUCUUUACUUGAGAUGGAGAUUUAGGGUUCAUUCUUUAGUUUUUUUUUUUUUUUUACUUUUUUGCUUUAAUUUAUGGUUGUGUUGAUUGUGAUGAUGACGAUUAGUACAUUACAUAAUUUGGAUCACUGUGAAUUUGAUUUAUUAUUAUAUAUGAUGUAUUCUCUUUUCCUUGUAAUUUAUUACUGUUGAUCUGUGCCAUUUUUU